GUGACAGAAUUGGUUUAAAAAUGGCCGCGCUCAUUCAUCAUUCAGCUCGCCUGCCACUCGGAGACAAAAGUAGAAUAAGGUCUCGUUUGCAGUCUUUUCCGCGGUAUCGAAUACUGCCAGUAUGAGAAAUGAGUCUUCAUACCACAUGCAGUGGUUUAGAGGCGGGGAAAAUAAACGACGCUCUAUCGACUGGAUGCGCGUGCGAUGUGAAGCACGAGUACCAGUCCUUGAUCGACAGUUUUCUAGAAGGACGAACGCCAGCAGGCGACGAAAAGUCAACUUUAAUUCUCCUUACCUUGCUUCACGUCACAUCAGAAGCUGCGGUGAAAAGUUUGCGUUCUCGGAAAAUAUGUCCCGCGCUCUUAGAAAUUGUGAAGAACAUAGGUCGUCAAUGCCAAAUCGUUCAAAUUACGCUCAAGGUACAUCUGGCGACACCGGACAACUUCAUACGCCACAGUUGCAUGCUUACCUUGAGCUCGCUUGCUACGCUUAAUGAAUCCAUACAGAGUAAGGUCUUCAGAUUCCUCGACGAAGAGGUGACUAGAUUUGACACUCUUCUACAAGAAGAACGAGACCGGUACUACAAGUUGAUAAGUUUCAUGUUGAGUCAGCAGUCGAGAAGCAGCCAUCCUCAGCAUGGGCAAGAACCCUCUUGUCCUUCCCUCGAAUCAUGUGAACCUCAACGGGAUGACGACAAUGGGUUAACCCCAAGGCUUGAAAACACAGUGAGAAAAUGGUGGUCUGCUGUUCAUACCAAACGUGAAGAUAGGAGCCUGAAUGUUUGUUCAUGCUCUCUACUAAAGAUGUGGUACAAUAUCUUGAAACACUGUCCCAACGUUGUCACUUUUGAUGAUUGUUCUGUUGACUGCCUACUGGCAGUGUCGACCGGUGAAUGUGCCAUUUUGAGCAACCUUGCCCUGGAGAUAUUAGAUGAGGGACUUUGCUCGCUCACUAUGGAAGCAGACCUCACUAGAACUGCGAGCUGGAUCCCCCUGCUCUCUGCCAAGCUCACCGAAGCUUUGUGUAAAGGGUGGCUUCAGAGACUUCCCUAUAGAAAUGACACCUGUGGAUUUGGUGGGAUUCUGAGGGAACCAAUUGUCAGUGCUACGAAAAGAAAGGAAGAGGCCUUUGUUGUGGGGGACAGUAGAAUGCUUCGACGUGCCUUGCUUAUCACCUUAAAAGCGUCUGUGGCCCGCAUUUACCAAGGAGAGUUGGAAGUGGUCACAGAUAUACAUUCUAAGGCAUUUGCCUGGGUUUCCUCCAAGUCGUCUUCAGUGGCACCGAGAUUGACAGUGGAGGAUUGCUUGGUCAGAACUUUCAUAGACCAAGAUGACCAACUGACAGAGUGCCUUCUCAUGGAGCUCCUACUUCACCUUAAACUCCCAGGGCCUAUGAGAGACGAAUCCUCUCCAAGAGAACGAGUUGGGGUGCUUAAUCCCCACCUCCUGUUCCUCCACUUUCUGACCUCUCUCGGAAACGACCACACAACGCUCGUCGACCUGGUCACAUCAGACGAGACUUGUGCCUUGCUCUACUUUGUUCGCUACCUCAAGCUGGUGUUAUCCGAUUGGGACGCAUUCCUUGCAAGCCACAAGUGCUUUGAAAACAGCAUCCGAACAAACGAGUUUCCUGCUGAAGACGCGACAGCCGUCACCGACAGAACCAUGGCCGUGCUCAUCAGGUUAAGGAUGAAGCUCGAGAGGAUGUCCCAGAAAGGACUGGUGCCCUUUAAUGUCGGUCCAUUGCUUCGGUUAAUUGAAAGAUGCGAGAGCUUGUAUGAAGAAGCAAGCUAAACCUGUUGG